GGCAGGCCAAGGCAGGUGUUUGGAAAGCAGUUGCCCAGGCAACAGGACCAGGGCGUUCCAGAGGUGGUUGCUAUGGACAACGGGAUGCUGACGAAGGCUUGUGAGGCUGGGAAGACAAAUUGCCCUCAUCAUUAUCUCCAGGCUUGUCAAUCAUCCAUAUUCACUUAUUUACCUCUGAGAGGGAGUGAGCACUAGGAGCAAAGGAGAGGGGUGGAAAGCAGUGACCCAAGCUGCUCCAGAAGAGGCAAAGGGUGUUCUUUGCAAAACUUCACGCCAGGGGAGGCAGUCAGCAUCCAGGAUGGCAACCAUCACCUGCAACCGCUUCACAGAAGAAUAUCAGCUUUUUGAAGAGCUGGGGAAAGGUGCUUUCUCAAUUGUCAGGAGGUGCGUGAAGGUGUUGUCAGGACAAGAAUAUGCUGCCAAGAUCAUAAACACCAAGAAACUCUCAGCUCGUGAUCAUCAGAAGCUGGAACGAGAGGCUCGGAUCUGCCGUCUCCUGAAACAUCCUAAUAUAGUGAGGCUCCAUGACAGCAUAUCAGAGGAGGCACACCACUACCUGAUAUUUGACCUUGUCACAGGUGGAGAACUGUUUGAAGAUAUUGUAGCCAGAGAAUACUACAGUGAAGCCGAUGCCAGUCAUUGCAUUCAGCAGAUUCUGGAAGCGGUCUUACAUUGCCACCAGAUGGGUGUUGUGCACCGGGAUUUAAAGCCUGAGAAUCUUCUGCUGGCAUCUAAACUGAAGGGAGCUGCUGUUAAAUUGGCUGACUUUGGCCUUGCCAUUGAAGUGGAAGGAGAGCAGCAGGCUUGGUUUGGUUUUGCAGGCACUCCAGGUUACCUUUCCCCUGAAGUGCUCCGAAAGGACCCUUAUGGCAAAGCUGUGGACUUGUGGGCAUGUGGAGUUAUUCUCUAUAUUUUGUUGGUUGGCUACCCUCCUUUCUGGGAUGAGGAUCAGCACCGACUCUACCAGCAGAUUAAAGCUGGAGCCUAUGAUUUUCCCUCCCCUGAGUGGGAUACUGUUACUCCUGAAGCAAAAGACCUCAUCAAUAAAAUGUUGACCAUCAAUCCAUCCAAACGAAUUACAGCAGCAGAGGCUUUGAAGCACCCAUGGAUAUCACAUCGUUCCACCGUGGCUUCUUGUAUGCACAGACAGGAGACUGUGGAUUGCCUGAAGAAGUUCAAUGCCAGAAGGAAGCUCAAGGGUGCAAUCCUUACUACGAUGCUAGCAACCCGGAAUUUUUCUGGAAUUCCAGGAGGGAAAAGUGGUGGCAACAAGAAGAAUGAUGGCGUGAAGGAAUCUUCAGAGAGUACAAACACUACCAUUGAAGAUGAAGACACCAAAGUACGGAAACAGGAAAUCAUUAAAGUGACGGAGCAGCUGAUUGAAGCAAUAAGUAAUGGUGACUUUGAGUCCUACACAAAAAUGUGUGACCCUGGGAUGACUGCUUUCGAACCAGAAGCUCUUGGGAAUCUGGUGGAAGGGCUGGAUUUCCAUCGAUUCUACUUUGAAAACUUAUGGUCCAGAAACAGCAAACCGGUGCACACUACCAUUCUGAAUCCUCAUAUCCACUUAAUGGGAGAUGAGUCUGCUUGUAUUGCUUACAUCCGCAUUACACAGUACGUUGAUACAAGUGGGAUCCCUCGCACUGCACAGUCUGAGGAGACUCGAAUCUGGCACCGCCGUGAUGGCAAAUGGCAAAUUGUUCACUUCCACAGAUCUGGAGCACCUUCUGUUUUACCACACUGAAACACCAGCCACUCACAGGCCAGGUUUCUCACUGCCUCACUACAAAGGAAGAUCCUUGGUAUCCCUUAUCUAGGGAACUUGGCUGCUGACUCUACUACUUGGUUCUUGCUGGAAUUCCUUUCACACACAGAGCUCCUCACCAAAACAAAUCAAGAAUUUAAUAGACUUUUCUCCUUCUUUUCCGCACGCUCCAUGUUUGCCACUUUGUGCCAUUCUAAUAGAAUAGGGCAUGUACUGGGGCCCUGCUGCAUGAAACAGCUUUUUGUGUAAAAGGAGAGACCCAUGAGCAAUAGACUGAGAGAGUAAGCCUUUAACUCAUACUGGCCACAGAAUUCAUGGAUUCACCCAUGUUACAUGUUUUCACAAACCAUCUUUCUUACAGGGACAGGAUCUCUUUCAGUCUCUGUUAUUUCUACUAAGUCUUAAGAAGGGUUAAGAGAAAAGAGAGGACCCAGAGAGGAUUUAAACUGCCAGCUGCCACUAUACGCCUGGUGGCCACCUCUCUUUACAAGUUGAUCGAUACUCACUUUGUCUUAUCCAUAUCUUAUCACAUCAGAUCUCAGUUAUGCUAUUUAUCUACAGAUAUUUUUCCCCAUCCUUCAUUAUCUAAAAUCCAGCCAGUUCACAUUUCUCUGACACUCCUUCAUACCUACAUCUUCCAUUUAGCAUGCAGGUAAAAUCUGAUAAGUAGCAGCUUGUAUUAGAUCUUAUCAAACCUCUGUUGGGUUGAAUGUGGUUUCAUUUAGAAUCAUGAGUAAAAAACAACAACAUUAUCUUCCCAAAAAGGCAGAUUUUGUGAUCAGAUUAACAGAUUUUCACUACAAAAUCAUAUAAGUGUUCAUUCUAAAGGUUCUCCUUUCAGAGCUUGAGUAAAAGAGCUAACACUUUCAUAUCAUGAUAAAGUGUCUACAAGAAAAUAAAUAUUCAAAAGGUCUAUUUUGAUAGUAGAAUUUCCCCCCAUGUUUUAAUGCACUGAUAGUCUUCUAGCAUAAGGCAGUUUUACCUCAGUCCAAUGCAUUAUAGGAACUUCCUUUAUCCAUGGUCAGUUUGCAAACAGCAUCUUUCAUAUGGGAAGGUUUCACCUUGCACUGAAUUUAACUGCAAUUUCCUUCCCUAGCACAUUCUGAAUCAUUCUUUUCCUUGCCUUCCCCAAGACUUAGUUUCAUUUUUUUAAAAGCCAAAAAUAUUUCCUUCCCUCACAAUUUCCUGCAUAUUACCUUUCAGGAAACACGACAGCACUGAAGCUGCUGGCACUGCGGAAACAGAACUCCCCCCUUCAAUGUAAAAUACAUCUAGAGGCCAAACGCUUUCCAGCAAAGACAGAGAAUGCAAGCUUUACUAAUAACACUUUGAGGCAUUUUGGUUAUGCUUUUAACAAAAACAAAAUGAAAUAUUUCGCUAUCUCUUGUACUUUGAGUGCAUGCCUUUUUAUAGGAAAAAAAAGAAAAGAAAAAGACAACCCUUCCGUGUUAUUUCGUAAAUGGAUUUUGAGUAUUUGCUGAAAUGGAUCUUUAUGUAAUAUCUACAAAUAUCAACUGUUUGGGUUUGUGGCUGAUUUUUAAUGAAGUUAGGGGUGGGGCUUAAUAGGUUAUUGUUUACAUUUGCAAUUGACUUUUUGUCAGAUUGUUACUGAAAGUGCAAAAGAGUACAAGACGUAAGAAGCAAGGGCAUGUUUUCCGAUGUAAGUUUCUGGCAAAUCUCACAGUUUUAUACCUUGUGGUGCCCUAUCUAUAUGUCAUGGAAAAGUUUGGAAAUCAGAAUUAUGUGUUCUAAUGGAUCCCAAUGGAGAUGGAGGAAACUUCUGAACUGAGGUCAAAGGACAGCUUGUGAACAUCAGAGUCAGCUUGGGCAAAAUGCAAGAAUGGAUCUUUCCCAAGGCCAGGAAAUCUUUUGGAACAAUAAAUGGGUAGCCAAGAUGUUUCUCUGACAUCACUGCUAUGUCAUUUUUGAUGGACAUGGAGGGCUGAAAGAUUUCUAUUUUUGGCAUCACCUUCUUGCCUUCCAGUAUUGGUAUGGGAAGUGUGAUGUUUAUUAUUUUUGAUAGUCUUUUUGUUUCUGGUCCCUUUUUAUUUUUCCCCCGACUCUAAAAGUCUUUACUCUUUGAUGUGAGAUUCGUGCACUUCUAUUACCAGAACUUAUAAGUGGCACUUUCUUCAUUUGCAUGACAUUUAACUUUAUAAACAGCUAUGUGUACUUCAAAGCAAACAAAAAAUUGCUUGUUUGGGGACAAUAACAACAAAAAUUGGAGUAAGACUCUGUAUAAAUUGUGAAUGGUGUAAUUUUGCAUUUUCUGUGCUUUGAAAUGCUUAGCUUUCCAUCUUGUUAGGCAGGGUGGGCUUCUAUUAUAAACCAUGUUUGCAAACUGCAAGAAUUAUGUUCCCAUUGGAGCUGAGGGGAAGAAGAGAUUAGAAGAUCCAUCAGACAGUAUUUAUUGCUCUAAACAGGGAUUUACUUGUGAUUCAGGUUGAGAUAAGGUGUAAAUGUACCACUUACUGGUCCAAGUAUGUGUUGACCUUCAAUGGAAUUACAAAUAAUUAUGGUGAAAUGAAACACUGAGGUGAAAAGGGCUUUUGUACCAAUUAAUGCUUACGAUAUGUCAACUUGUUUACAUCUCCCCACUCCCACAAAUGAAUUGGGUUUUGGUAAAAAAUAUUUGUUUCACAUGUCCAAAUAUUUACUUUGAGCAUGACCAAAUGUGCUGAAUGGACUAAAAUUCUUUGGGACUCCUAACACUGAAUCUCCUUUUGCAUGUGAAUCACCUUUUAAGAGGAACACUCUAAAAAUUACUAGCCAUCAAACUAAUUCUAUGGCCCUCACUGUAAAAAACUCUUUGGAAUUUGUAAUAUUUGUUGCUGCUGCUGUUGCUAACCUCGAUAGGCUAGCUCAUCAUGUGGGGGAUUUGCUUCCUGACUAUUAUGUAGGAUCAGGCCUUCAGGAACAAAAGACAUUUUACUACCCUUGCCUUCUAUCUAACAUUACCCUUGACUGUAUUUCUUUGGACCACAGUAAUAUUGCAUCCUAUACAUCUUGUACUGAGUUAUUGUUUUAUAGCUUUCUGAAUGCAAGAUCCCUCUACAUUUUAGAGGCGAGAGAUGCAGGGUCCUAGUAGAGCCUGAGUAUUCUUUUAAGUCUUCCAGUAAAGAGGGAAAUCUAGCAGGAAAAAAAUACUCCAGACCCCCCCCCUUUUUUUUUAGUCCACUGAAAUGUGACUUAAACAUCUGCAUUUUAAGGAGGUGUUUUCUACCAUGCAUUUCAUUUCAAAGCCUUCUUGUGCAUUCUUCACCUUGUUUUGCCAUUGACACUUCUAAAGCCCAGUUUUACUAUGAAAGCAUCAACACCCCUAUUUUCCUCUAUCUUAAAUAUCUACUUACCUUUGCCUGUACUUUUUACUCUUUCUGAUCAUAUCAGAUCACCUUUUCUGGUAAAGACACUUGCAAUUUGCUAUCAUGAAAGCCAACUUAUCUGAAACUUUGAAUAAUUCUAUUUAGUUGGUAUCAGCUGGAGCACACAGGAAUGGUUUGUUUGGUUUUUUUUUAUUUGAAGCACUAGAAGCACAGGCAUAGGCACUUGAACGGUAAGAGCACUUCCUGACUUAGGCCUGUGGCUCUGUAUUAGCCUGAUGAGUACAAAACCUAAAUUAAAUAAGAGGAGAUGCUGCUGGAUCACAAACUACCAGGGUUGCCAUGACCGCCAAGUCAAGGCACUUGCAUUUAAGAGCAAAUAGAUCACACUCUCCAACUGUCCCAAUUUGACAAAAACAGUCCAUAUUAAUCCUCUGUCAACCCAUUUUUUCACUGUCUUUAAAAAUGUCCCAGUUUGUUUCUCUUCCUCCCACUUUGUCCUCAGCUUGCUUCAGUUGGUGCAAAAGUGCAAAUGUAGUAUGCACUUGGUUAAUUCAUUGGGGGUAAAGGAGAGUAGGGGCAGAGUGUAGCCCUUCCUAAGGUAAAAGCAAAUUGCUACAGCUUCUCCUAGCUCCUCUGUUCUUCCUCAUUAAUAACUUUUGCCAUCUUGUCCACACUCUGGCGAUGCUCAGUCGCAUGCAUCACCAUUUUCAUUUGUGAAAUGUUAGGAGGGUAUGGUAGAUAUGACUUAAAAUGUAAUCCCAUUUUCAAUAUCUAAAACUGUGCCCAGGCUGUCUAAUUUUGUCACCAUAUUUUAAGGGAAAGAGGUACCAUAAAUAGUUUAAGCAGUUUAUCAUGCAGUUUGUCCCAAUACUACAGCACAUCUGUUUUGGUUUGGUUUGUUAUUUUGGUGUGUAAACCCACUCUAGUCUUUGCCCUUAUCCUUGCCUUUAUUUGAAAUGGAUGAAAGGAUGUCUGCUGACCCAGCAGAGUCUGAGCUUCUUCACCAUUCCACAGGCCAUUUCCCCACCUCCAUUUUGCAAACUGUAUCCAAGUUACUGUAUGAAGGGCUGUACAUUUGGGUUUGUGCACAUUUAAUUUUAUCAAGAAAAGGAAAAAAAAUAACCGUAGUCAAUGAACUUAAACAGUAUGAAUCAUGUAUGUGUAACAAAGCAGCGAUGAGCAAUAAAGAUGCAAUAUUGACAGAGGAGAUGGAUAAGGAAGGACACACUAAUCCAAAAUUCAGUCUAACCAAGUGUAACUGAAGAGAUUUGUUCUGGACAAUAUUCACCAUUAGAAUCCAGAACCAGAAUUAAGGUGUCCAUCUAGUUGUACUUCAUCUACAGCCGCAUGGAAUAAUCCCAUACAAGCUAAAUCUAGAUGGACUUAAUUCAGGGACAAGUGAUAAAUAGUAAAAUGGGCAAUAGAGAAAGAGCUUUGGCUAUGUCAUGCAGCUCAUUUGACAAAGAAUUUGGAAGACUGUUCUUUGUAGGAACUUGCCUAAAUUACUUUGGCCUAGCACAGUUAGGCAUACUUAAAUCCACUGAUUUCAAAUGGUUUAAGCAUCCCUAAUCCUGUUGUUGGAGUUAGGCCUUUUUAGGGCAGAUAUCAAUUUCCAGCUACAGUGAAUAGAGGAGGAUGGACGAUAAACCAGAAUAAUCUCUAGCAAUUUCUUUCUAUUACACAUUGUAAUUGAAAUUAUGCUGAUGGAACAAGAAAAAAACCUGCCAAAUGCAUUUCCAAUGGGCAGGGGGACUGAAGUAAAGCAAAAUCUCUUAUGCUGUUACCUAACUUUUCAUCUAAUUGGGGAUAUAGGUUGUCUUUCCUCCUCCAACAAUCCUGUAUGUAAUUGCCUUUCUUAAGAUGAGGUGUUCUUCCUUCUCCUCAAUUCUUGCACGGCUGCAAACUAACCACCUUUUGUCCUUUUUCGUUUUUGGUUUUUUGUAAGGUAAAAUCUGAGAAGGCAGAGUUUGGGGUUACUAUUUUUUUUUUCUAACUGUUGCACAAUUUUAUGGCUUUUGUAACAUUUUGGGGGGACAAGUAGGAAAAUUAAGUGGUUUAAAAUGAAUCUAUAAAUGUAAAUACAAAUAUAUAUAUAUAUAAAAUACAUAUAUAUAUGCACACAUGAAAUCUCUAUGGAAAUAUUUAUUUCACAUGAAUGCAAAAAAAAGAAAGAAAGAAAGAAAAGAAAAAGAGGACAGAAAAAGCAGCUUUGUAAUGUAAACAAAUAAACUUCAGAGAGUGUCCCUCUCAUGUCUGUUAACUUGAUGUGACUAGAAUAUUUCAAAAUUCUGCAGUAUCUUUUGUAAGUGACUCAGAACUGUAAAGCAGUGUGACUGUGUUGGAUUCUUUGUUCCAGUUUUUUGAAGCUGUGGCUGUGAACAAAAUGAUCACUGCUCAAAUUUUAUUCUACGUUUUUUGGGGGGAUGGGGUGGAUAAAAUGGGAAUUGUCAGUUUUAUUCUUGGUGUUUCAAGUGCAAUAAAAUAGCUACAAACUCCUGAGUAUGAAAAA